AUGUCCGACCCCAUAGCCCAAACCACCGAUGCCUCCGAUGCUCUUAAUCUUAAAGUGUCGGGCAUCGUUCAGCUCAAGCCGCAAGGAGCAGACUCAAACUACCUCAACUGGAGCUUUGUGGUCUUACUCCACAUCAAGUCGCUUAAGCUUUCUUUCAUCCUCGAGCCUGAGGACACCUCUACCACUACCAAGAAGAAGUCUCAACCCUCCUCGUGGGCGAAUGACAGCAUCUCUGUCUCAUCGUUCAUUGCGUGA